AUGGCGGCCCGCGCGGCGCCGCUCGAGGGCUGCUACCUGUCGGCCGCGCUGAGCGGCGCCUUCCUGGUGUCCUGCCUGCUCUUCGCCGCCGUCGGCCGCGCGCUGCGCGAGCCCUACAUGGACGAGACCUUCCACGUGCCGCAGGCGCAGCGCUUCUGCGAGGGCCGCUUCUCCCCCGCGCAGUGGGACCCCAUGAUCACCACCCUGCCCGGCCUGUACCUGCUGUCGGCGGCCGUGCUGCGGCCGGCCGGCUGGGUCCUCGGCUGGCCGGCGCGCGUGGCCUGCUCGGCGUGGACGCUGCGCCUCGUCAACCUGCUGCUCGGCGCCGGCAACCUGUACCUGCUGCACCUGCUGCUGCGCGAGGUGCAGCCCGGCCGCAAGGCCGCCUCGGCCGCCCGCCGCGUGCUGUCCGCGCUGACGCUGGCCGCGAGCCCGCCGCUCUUCUUAGUCACCUUCCUCUACUACACCGAGCCCGGCGCCGUCUUCUUCGCGCUGGCCGCGCACCUGAUGGGGCUGCGCGGGCGCCACGGGGCCGCCGCGCUGCUCGGGCUGUGCGCCGUGCUGUUCCGCCAGACCAACGCCGUGUGGGCCGCCUUCUGCGCCGGCGACGCGGUGGCCGCGCGGCUGGCCGCGGCCUGGCGGGCCGAGCGGCGCGCGCGCGACGGCCGGCGCCCCGGGCCGCUGGCGCCGCUGCGCUUCGCGGGCGCCUACGCCGCGGCGCCCCGGCACCUGCGCGCGCUGCUGCGGCUCACCUGGCCCUACGCGGCGCUCGGGCUGCUGUGCGGCGCCUUCGUGCUGCUCAACGGCGGCGUGGCCGUGGGCGACCGCGGCAGCCACGAGGCCGUGCUGCACCUGCCGCAGCUCUUCUACUUCCUCGGCUUCACGCUGCUCUGCGCCUGGCCGCACCUGCUCUCGCCCGCCCGCGUCCGCGCCUUCCUGCGCGCCGCGCGCCGCCGCCCCGGCCUGUCCUGCGCGCUGGCCGCGGGCGCGCUGCUGGCCGUGGGGCGCUGCACCCACGCGCACCCCUACCUGCUGGCCGACAACCGGCACUACACCUUCUACCUGUGGCGCCGCGUCCUCCAGCGCCACGCGGCCGUCAAGUACCUGCUGGUGCCCGGCUACCUGUUCGCCGGCUGGAGCGUGGCCGACGCGCUGCGCGCCAAGUCCGUCUUCUGGGUCGCCAUGUUCUUCGCCUGCGCGGGCGCCGUGACGGUGCCGCACCGGCUGCUCGAGCCGCGCUACUUCAUCCUGCCCUUCCUCUUCUUCCGGCUGCACGCGCCGCUGCCCGCCGUGUCGCGCCUGCUGUGCGAGCUGGCGGGCUACGCGGCCGUCAACGCCGCCACCUUCUACGUCUUCCUCUACCGGCCCUUCCGCUGGCCCGACAGCCCCGACCUGCAGCGCUUCAUGUGGUAGCGCGGGGCGCCGCCGA